AUGAUAGAUCUCGUGGUAUUCUUGAUUUAUCACAAACCACUUAUAUUGAGCAGUUUCAAUAUCUUUCAAGUGACUGGUCAUUGCCUUAUCGGCCAUCAAGAAUCUGCCUUGCUUCAUUUGAAGAAUAGUCUCACUUUCAACCCUGCCAACUCCCAAAAAUUGGUUCAUUGGAACCAAAGUGACGAUUGUUGUCGAUGGAAUGGAGUAACAUGCAACAAGAAGGGAUUUGUUAUAGUUUUGGACCUGAGUGAAGAAUCUAUCUCUGGGGGAGUUGAUAAUGCUAGCGGUCUCUUCAACUUACAGCAUCUACAAGACUUGAACUUGGCCUACAAUGACUUCCAUUCAUCGAUUCCUUUGGAGUUUCACAAAUUGAAGAACUUGAGGCAUCUAAAUUUAUCAAAUGCUGGCUUUGAGGGUCAGAUUCCAAUUGCAGUCUCUCAAUUAACAAAUCUAGUUUCUCUGGAUCUGUCAUCCAACAACUUCACAGGCCGUCUUCCAUAUUUCAACAUGUCCAAGAACCUCAAGUAUCUAUCUGUUUCUCUUAAUCACUUGACAGGUGAAAUUUUAUCAUCUCAUUUUGAAAGUCUUGACAAUCUCACCACCAUUGAUUUAGUAGGAAAUUCCUUUUACAGAAGAGUUCCUUCAUGUCUCUUUGCACUUCCAUCUCUGAGAGAACUUAUGCUUUCUCAUAAUAGAUUUGAGGGUGUAUUGGAUGAAUUCCCAAAUGCAUCAUUCUCCUCAUUAGAGAUCCUUGAUCUUAGUGGGAAUAAUCUAGAAGGGCCUAUUCCCUUGUCCAUCUUUCAAUUUAGAAGGCUUAGUUUUCUCCAACUUUCCUCAAAUAAGUUCAAUGGCACUAUGCAUUUGGAUGCUGUGAGAAAGAUGGAAAAUUUGGUCACACUAGGCGUUAAUCACAACAACCUGUCAGUUGAUACAACUUUGAGGGAUAACUCUGAUGACUUGUUAACAUUUCCCAGAUUGAGUCAGCUCAUGUUAGCUUCUUGCAAGUUGAAAGAAUUCCCAAUCUUUAUGAGGAAUCAAUCCAAUUUAAUCUACCUUGACCUAUCUAGCAACCAGAUUCAUGGUAGUAUACCCAAUUGGAUUUGGAGGUUUGAUUUUAUGGUAUUCCUAAAUCUUUCAAACAAUUUUUUGACUGAUUUGGAAGGACCUUUUCAAAAUAUUAGCACCAAUCUGUUUGUAAUUGACCUUCAUUCCAACCAACUUCAAGGCUCCACUCCCAUUUUUUCAAAAUACUUGUUGUAUUUGGAUUUCUCAAGUAAUAGAUUUAGCUAUAUAGCCCCAUCUGACAUUGAUAACAAACUUCAUUUUGCAUUUUUCCUCUCUCUUUCAAACAAUAGUUUUCAUGGCAAAAUUCCAGAAUCUUUUUGUACAAUUUCAAAUCUCCGGGUUCUUGAUCUUUCUGACAAUGGCUUCAAUGAUACCAUUCCUGAGUGUUUGACAGGAACAAUCAGUAGCACUCUCAGAGUACUAAAUCUUGCAAGGAACAAACUCAAAGGCCACAUUUUGGAUACAUUUUCAACUUCCUGUGCUUUAAGGUUCCUUGAUCUGAAUGAAAACUUCUUACGAGGUGUUAUCCCAAAAUCUUUGGCCAACUGUCAAAAAUUACAAGUGUUGAAUCUUGGAAUCAAUCAAUUAAUUGAUAGAUUUCCUUGCUUCUUAAAGAACAUAUCCACCUUAAAAGUCAUGAUUUUAAGAUCAAACAAUUUCCAUGGCCCACUUGCAUGCUCACAUAGCACUGGAAAUUGGGACACUCUUCAAAUUGUUGAUCUUGCCUCCAAUAAGUUCACUGGUACCCUACCAAGAUCACUCUUGCAAAGUUGGAAAGCUCUCAUGCUUGAUGGUGAAACUGGUUCACAAUCCGGUCAUUUGUUUUUUGACAUCAAUGAAUACAUUAAUCCCAUGGGUUUUUGGAGUGCAUUGUACUCCCUUUUGACCAAAAAUCUUGCACUAAAAUUAGCCAAAAUUAUGGAAGCGAUGCCACCUUUUCUUAUUGAUCACUUUUUCUAUGAUGUCUAUUUUCUUGAUUUUGGAGGUAGGAGUUACGAAGAUUCUGUAACAAUUGUCAACAAAGGGAGACAAAUGAAGUUGGUAAAGAUUCAUAUUGCCUUCACUUCUUUAGAUUUCUCAUCCAACCAUUUUGAAGGGCCAAUACCAGAAGAGCUUAUGAGUUUCAAAGCACUUCAUGCUCUUAAUUUGUCACUCAAUGCCUUUUCGAGCCAUAUCCCUUCAUCCAUAGGGAAUCUGAAGUAUCUUGAGUCUUUGGAUUUGUCAGCAAACUCUUUCAGUGGGAAUAUUCCAACAGAACUAGCAAGCUUAUCUUUCCUUGAAGUUCUAAACCUUUCCGUCAAUCACUUGAUAGGACCAAUCCCAACUGGCACUCAAAUCCAGUCAUUUGAUGCAGAUUCAUUUGAAGGCAAUGAAGGACUAUGUGGACCUCCAUUGACACAUAAUUGCAAUUUUGGUGUAGUACCAACAUUGUCACCGCCAUCAUCUGAAACAUCUAUGUUGAAUUCUAAAAGUUCCAUUGAUUGGAAUUUCUUAAGUGCAGAAUUGGGAUUUAUUUUUGGUCUUGGAAUUGUGAUCUUGCCCCUUAUUUUUUGGAAGCAGUGGAGGCUAAAAUACUUCAAACAUGUGGACUCAAUCCUUUGGAAGAUCAUACCUCAGCUUGAUUUUGCAUAUGAAAACCAUGGGGGGAGAAUUUACAAAAGUUUAAGGUGGAAACCUUUCUAA